UGCCCCCCAGGUGGGCGGCGACGUCCCCGAGACCAACUACCUCUUCAUGGGGGACUUUGUGGACCGCGGCUUCUACAGCGUUGAGACCUUCCUGCUCCUGCUGGCGCUCAAGGUGCGGUACCCAGACCGGAUCACGCUGAUCCGCGGCAACCACGAGAGCCGGCAGAUCACGCAGGUCUAUGGCUUCUAUGAUGAGUGUCUGCGCAAGUACGGCUCCGUCACUGUGUGGCGCUAUUGCACCGAGAUCUUCGACUACCUCAGCCUCUCAGCCAUCAUCGACGGCAAGAUCUUCUGCGUGCAUGGGGGACUGUCGCCCUCGAUCCAGACGCUAGACCAGAUCCGCACAAUCGACCGCAAGCAGGAGGUGCCCCACGACGGCCCCAUGUGUGACCUGCUCUGGUCUGACCCUGAAGACACGACGGGCUGGGGCGUGAGCCCACGGGGGGCCGGCUACCUGUUUGGCAGUGAUGUGGUGGCCCAGUUCAACGCCUCCAAUGACAUCGACAUGAUCUGCCGGGCACACCAGCUCGUCAUGGAGGGCUACAAGUGGCAUUUCAAUGAGACUGUGCUCACAGUCUGGUCGGCCCCCAACUACUGCUACAGGUGUGGGAAUGUGGCAGCCAUCUUGGAGCUGGACGAGCACCUGCAGAAGGAGUUCAUCAUUUUUGAAGCUGCCCCCCAGGAGACAAGGGGGAUUCCCUCCAAGAAGCCUGUGGCUGACUACUUCCUGUGACCCCCCCCACUUCCUGUAACCCCCUGCCCACCAUCUCCCUGGGGGUGCCCCCCUCUGGCUCUAUGGGGGGAAGGGCUUCUCUCGGGGUUAGGGGUCCCGCUGGCGGCCCCAGGACCAGGGGCACCCAGGCCCUGCUGCUCUGGGGGUUCGUGGGGGCCGUAGCUGCUUCCCCUGGGGCCCCCAAUGCCCCAGGGUCCCCAGCCCUGCCCCACUGGCUUCUCCACGAAGCUUUUUUUUGUUAUUGUUCCUGUUUUUAUUUCUUUGGUUUUUUUCCUGUUCGUUUUAGAUACAAAAAGAAAAACUUCCUUAAAAACCAAAUAAAAAUGGAAAAAUGAAAAGAAUAAAAAAAGGACAUUUGUAGAAAGGUUGAAACCUCACCUCUGCCUCUUCUUGGACCUAGGCGUCGGUGCUCUCCGCCCCCCCGCGAGGAUCCUGCGGCCGGGCCUCACCCGGUGUCUCCGCUGCCCCCUGGCGUCCAGACGUGGUGCUGCGCAUGCGCAGGACACUCCUGGGGCCUCUGCUGCCCCCUGGCGUUCACUCGCCUCUGCUGCCCUCGGGCUGGUUAGGUGCAUGCGCAGGAAGACUCCCCAGCCCCACCUCUCAGGCUAGUCCUCCGUGCAUGCGUUGAAGGUUCGUUGCAUCAGGCCCCCGCGCAUCUCCCGCCUCAGGCUCGUGCGCAUGUGCAAAAUCUCGCUAAGAUGAGCUCUACGCAUGCGCGAAUCGCCCCCCACCUGCCCGGGACUUCGUAUCUGCGCGUAUGCUAAUGACCCCCCUCACCCCCAUCUGGGACCCCUUUCUGCUGCCCUCUGCCGUCCACUCGCAUCACUGCAGCCCUCGGGCUGAGUAGACGCAUGCGCAGCAAGUCUUCUUCAGGUCGUGCAUGUGCAAAAAACCUCCACGCUGAAUACUUAAGGCAUGCGCGGAAUCCCCCCUCCCCCACCCGAGGUGCUUGUAUGUGCGCAUGU